AGGCAAAGAUGAAAUAUUAGGUGUUCAAAAUACUAUAGCAUUCAUACAUCAAAGUAAAUCAAGCAAUGUUGAUUCAUCAAGGAAUUAUUCGACAAACUUUAUUGGUAUUGUAUCUUCUUUUGAAUUAUGAUAGCAUUCAAGGAAAAACAUUGCUAUCUAAAGUUGAGGAGUUAGAGUUGGAAGAAAAAUUUAAGCUUCUCAACAAGCCAUCAGUUAAAACAAUUAAGAGUAAGUUUGGAGAUAUAUAUGAUUGUGUGGAUUUCUACAAACAACCGGCAUUUGAUCACCCGUUAUUAAAGAAUCACAAUUUUCAUCCGGAGAUGAAACCUACUUUAGCAAGGUCAAAACAAAAUUCAAGUACCUCUCAAACUAAUUGGUCGUCGAGAUUAUGGUCCAAAUUAGAUGAUGGUUGUCCUUUUGGAACGGUUCCCAUUAGAAGGAUUACUAAAGAGGAUCUUAUUAGACAACGAAAUAUGCCACCGCCAGAAGAUGUAAUAUCUGACGCCGAAUUGACUACUAUGAAUAAUAAACGUGAAUCAAAAAGAAGAUAUAUAUCUUCACAAGGAUACAAGUUGGCAAUAGUUCGAACUCCAUAUAAUCCAAAUAACAAAUUUACGGGAGCUGGAAUGUCCAGUAGUCUAUAUAAUCCUCAAGUUGAAGGUCAGCAACACAGUGCAUGUCGAUUGAAAAUUCAGAAAGAAUCAGACAUUAUACAAGUUGGUUGGAGAGUGGAUCCAACUUUAUAUAAGGACAAUAAAACUAGGCUUUUCGUGCAUUUUCAAGCUGGUGAUAAACAUUGUUUCAAUACAUUAUGUCCCGGUUUUGUGCAAGUAUACCCUGAUAUACCUGUUGAUAUAGUUUUCAAUGAUACUUCACAACGUGGAGUAGGGGGAUCAUGGGAGUUCCCGAUGCUUAUCGAACGGGAUGAAGCCAAUGGAAAUUGGUGGCUUUUACUUGAUGAAAGAAAUAUACAUAUUGGUUUUUGGCCUCAAAAGAUUUUCACAAGCUUGACAGGCUUUGCUAAUAACAUUGAGUGGGGAGGUGUCGCGUAUAGCCCACCAGGCGUGCCUAAACCUCCGAUGGGAUCAAGUUAUUUUCCUAUUGGAAACACUGGUUAUGAUGCUUAUUGCGGAAAGCUUACAGUUUUAAAUCAUAAAGGUGUAUUAAUAAACAUAUAUAGAACGUUAGUACGUGUUGACGAUACUAAUUUGUAUCGACUUAUAGAUGACCCACGAAUGGGACCUGGAAAGUUGAAACAUUAUGUAUUGUACGGGGGACCAGGAGAAAGUCAACAACUUUAAAUAUGAUUACAAUGAAAGUAAACAAAAUAUGUCACAAAUAUUUGACUUUGUGACACUGUAUGUGUUUGUAGCAGCCUUCACUUUGUUUAAAAUAAUUUUAACUAAA